UAGGUUCUAAGUAAGAGUAUGUACAGCUUUCAAAGUGGUGUAAUGGCCCAGAUAUUGUCGAAAUUUUGGGGUAGAUGACAUCAGGCCAGCCCUAAACCUCUGGAACAUGUAUUAGCUAGCUAGUUAGAGGCAUACAUACAAAUUCGUGUUUAUUUUAUACAGCAUGGCGUGUUUUCUUAGUAAUAGACGUGACACAUCAGUAACGAUACCAAAUGUAGAGAAAAAUGACAAUAUUGUUGUUUACAUGAUCAAGGUGAGAGUGGGCGUUAUAUCAUGGACAGUGCUCCAUCGAUACAGUGAUUUUCUUGAUCUUCAUGAGAAACUUGUCUCAGAUCAUGGGGUAGUAAAGGAUAUUUUACCACCAAAGAAAGUGAUUGGAAAUCGGGAUCCAGCUUUUAUCGAGAAAAGAAGAGGAUCCCUAGAAGCAUAUCUGGCAUCAGUUGUCAAUUUCCUUCAGCGUGCGAUGCCAAGAGAAUUAGCAUUAUUUCUGGACUUCCAUCUUUAUGAUAUUCAGUUUCUACUACAAAACCUUGCCAUGAAUUUUUUUAUAGCUGGGGAUUCCUUGUUGCAGAUGUCCAAGAGUUACUCAUUCACUCCUUUUCAGCUCCAUGCUGUCAGUGAAAGACUGAAGCAGCCGUGUCCUCCACUUGAAAUUCUGGAUUACAGACAUGAUUUUAGCCAUGUAUUGGAUUUCUGUUGUCAACUCACAGAUCUCACAAUUGAAGGUAGUAAUGUCCCCGUUGGUACCAGCAACAUUAUACCAAAUAAUCUUCUAUUUGAACUGUCUGCUUUCAAAACAGUACGGAGAUUGAACCUGGUCAGUUUUCCAGUUUGCAACAUCUUCAGUAUUGGUACGUUGCGCUGUACUGUGAACUCGCUGAACGUUCACAACGCUGCGCUCAAGGAAAUCACGCAAGUUCUGUUAUGUGACGACUUGCACAAAAAUGUGAUUCAUACAGGAGAGUCUCACUCGUGGAAGAAGAUUGUUGAAGCGGACUUCAGUCACAAUGGAAUUGAAACUAUUGACGAAGGUGUGAAACUGAUGCCAAGUAUUGAAUAUUUAACGCUAAGUAACAAUAAAAUAGGUGCCUUGAGUAAUUUGACAUCAUUACCCCAUUUGUCACAUCUCAGCCUUUCAGCAAAUUGCUUCGCUGAAGCGAACGACUUCCACACGAAGCUCGGAAAUAUUCGUCACAUUGAUCUUUCUUUAAAUAGCAUUAGUUCAUUGCAAGGAUUCUCCAAACUCUACUCUCUGGAAGGUCUUGAUCUGACAUCAAAUCUGGUAUCUGAUCUCUCAGAAAUAAAGCAUGUAAGUGGCUUGCCGUGCCUAGAAAAUUUAAUCCUGACGGGCAACCCGGUUGCUACAGCUGUUGAUUACAGAGUACGAGCUCUUGAAAACUUUGGAGGAAGGGCAGCUGAAAUUUGUCUGGAUAAUGAGAAGCCGACGCAGAAAGAGCUGGAUACCGUUGCGGUCCUGCAAGCGAUACGAAUCGUGAAAGAAGGCAGAACACCUACUUUCGGUCCUGAAGCCCCGUCUUUUCCAUAAAGUAAAUAUCCAAUGUUUAUUAAAUAUUAUUGUUAACAGAUAUGUAUUUUAUAAUGGUUGGUUUUAAAUAUUAUGGUUAAAACAUAUGUUAUAAAUAUAAGUUUAUUAUAUUUGCUUACCUUUAUAUAAAUGUUAAAUACUGCUGCGUCUGAUUUGAUGUUAAAAGCUCACACUGAAUAAUACAAGCGGCAUGUUGUGUACACUGCCACGUGCUGACAGCGUUUGCAUUUAAAGACAAAAUAAGCGCAGAAUCUACAUUAUGUACCAGUGUAAGAUUCCAUGGUAUGUUAAUGACAGUGAAAUAUUUUUUUGAAGGAACAACCCCUUAUCUCCACAUAAUUAACAUACUGAAGUAUUUUUAGAAGGUAAUUAUUUACGGAGCUAUGAACUUACGGUAUUUAACAACAAAGUGGCACAUUAUUUAUUAUCAGUGGUCAUUACAGUGAUGUGUAUUGAAAUAAACUGAUUGUAAACAUUAGUAUAAAACGUAAUUAGCCAAAGAUUGUACAUUUUUUGCAUGUGAUAUUCUUGCCUUUACGACGACGUCUAUUUCCACGUUGAACAUGCUCUUAAAUAUUUAUAAAUCAGAUGUUGCACUGUCCAAAUGUGAAGGUAAAGAACAAAUUCUAAUACUCAGAAUAAGUUUCCUAAGAAAGUAUUUAAGGUUAUGUGGAUAUUGUAUCUAAAGUUAUAUAUGAACUCUUGUUAUUUAACCAAGCUUAUAUGAAAGUUUGAGAUUUAUAAUUAGGUUAUUCUUGUAAGUUCUCAGUUUAAUGAUGUCAUAUUUACAAAAUGUACUGUAAUUAAAUGAGAGAUUACAUGAUUAGUGGAUUGAAAAUUACAAGUGUA